UGGAGUCCCGGUUCCUGAGGAGAUCCGAAGGCUUCUGGGAAGCGCAGUCCAAAGCCGGCCCGUCUCCUUCUGCGCAGCCUCAAAAGUCUCUGUGGAAAGACGCCUUGGUGGGUAUUGCAGCUCCGUCCUUCCACCGGAAGUGUCCGAUCGGAACCAGCCCUGUGGGAGAGGAGAGCUCUUUAAACUAAAAAAGGCCUUUCACAGAGCAGAAGUGGGAUUCUGAUCAUACAUUUUAUCUCAAGAUGACAACAGAAUCAAAGAAAGCUGCAGCUCAGAACCUUCAAAAGGAUGAAGGACUUCUGAUAGUGAAGAUUGAAGAGGAAGAUUUUGUCUGGAAGCAGGACACUUGCUUACAGAGAAGUGAUCCCCUCAGGCAGGAGCUCUGCCGACAGCUGUUCAGGCAGUUCUGCUACCAGGAUUCCCCAGGACCCCGCGAGGCACUGAGCCAGCUGCGAGAGCUCUGCUGUCAGUGGCUGAAGCCAGAAACCCACUCCAAGGAGCAGAUCCUGGAGCUACUGGUGCUAGAGCAGUUCCUGACCAUCCUGCCAGGGGAUCUACAGGCUUGGGUGCAUGAACAUUACCCAGAGACUGGAGAGGAGGCAGUGACCAUACUGGAAGAUUUAGAGAGAGGCACUGAUGAAGCAGUACUCCAGAUUCCAGUCUGUGGACAUGGACAAGAACUAUUCAGGAGAAAUGUGGCACCUCCUGGACCACCACUUAGUGUCCAGUUCCAGCCAGUGAACACCAAGGUCCUUCAUGGUUCUUCAGAACCCCAACUCCUACUGGACCGUGACAAUGAGAGUGAAAACAGUGGAUCCAUGCCAGAGCUGGAAAUUUAUGAGAGAAUGGAAUCGCAGAGAAUUAUAUCAGGAAGAAUUUCAGGAUUUGUGUCAGAAGGACCUGCUGAGCCUCAAGACAUCUGUAAGUCUACAGGCAGGUUAAAGAGACAACAGGAAAAAGAAUCAGGGGAGUCUCAAAAACCAUCAUCAGCUCAGGAUGGAGGUUUUAGUAAAAUUCUCACCCACAAAAAUACACUUACAGGUGAAAUAAUAAGCCAUGAUGGUUGUGAGAGAAGCUUAAAUCUGAACUCAAAUGAAUUUUCACACCAGAAAUCUUGUAAACACAGUACCUAUGACCAAAGUUUCAAAUGGAAUUCAGAUUUUAUUAAGCAUCAAAGAAUUUACGCUGGAGAAAAAAUUCACCAAUAUGGAAAAUCUCUCAAGAGCCCAAACCUUAUUAAACAUGCAGCAAUUUUCAGUGGAGAGAAAAUCCAUCAGUGUAAUGAAUGUGGGAAAGCCUUCAGACACAGCUCAAAGCUUAUUAGGCAUCAGAGAAUCCACACUGGAGAGAGACCUUAUGAAUGUAAUGAGUGUGGGAAAGGCUUUGGGGGGAGCUCAGAUCUUACUAGACACCAGAGGAUUCACACUGGGGAAAGACCCUUUGAAUGCAAAGAAUGUGGGAGAGCAUUCAGCCUGAACUCACAUCUUAUCCUGCAUCAGAGAAUUCACACCAGAGAGAAACCCUAUGAAUGUAGUGAAUGUGGGAAAACCUUCAGAGUGAGCUCACACCUUAUUCGACACCUGAGAAUCCACACUGGAGAGAAACCCUAUGAAUGCAGUGAGUGUGGGAGAGCCUUCAGUCAGAGCUCACACCUUAGUCAACAUCAGAGAAUUCACAAGAGGGAAAGCCUAUUAAUGUAAAGAACUUAAAUUCAUAAGGAAAUAGCAAAACGUGAAAAACAUUGAAUAAAAAAUAAAUACUGGGUGAGAUGAAUGACUGUAAGACCGAUGUCUCUUUAUUCUCUCUCUCAUUCUCAGUUUUCUGUUCUGCAUAUGAUCUUCACCUGUAUGUGUCUGCUUUCUGUGAGACAGUGUUCUCUCUCUCAUUCUCAGUUUUCUGUUCUGCAUAUGAUCUUCACCUCUAUGUGUCUGCUUUCUGUGAGACAGUGGAUGUACCUCUUCCGUUGACCGCUAAAAUCAAACCAAAAUAGCAGAAUUUGGGGGAGGCUAUUAAAUGGGUUAGUCUACGGCAAUGAAAAUAGAAAAAGAGGACGCUCUUGGGAAAUAACCAUGAUUACAGUGUGGGGGGAAGAAGAUUCAGAUAAAGAGACUGAUCAUCAACUCUAGUUAAUGAUUCUCCACAAGAGGAGGUAGGCUAAGCCUAGGAAUGGAAUAGCUUGAGCAAGGUACUGCAGAACAGUUCUUUCGGAAGAUUCCUUUAAAGAAUGAAGUCACAGCACAACUAAAUUAGACAGUCACGUCAAACAAGAGGACAUAUGCAGUGGUGGCAUUCCAGUAUGUAAGCCAAAAUCUGUGUUCAGAGGUCAUGCCAGGAAGUGAACAACUGGAAGAGCAUUUAAAGCAAGAGGCCAUAAUCCAGAGAUUCAAAUAAGACAGGAGGGGAAUAGAAGCAAAUUAGGCAAGAGCUAGGGUUAGAGGUAAGGAAAGGUGUUCAAAUUGAAAUAAACCUUAGAAUUUGGAGGAGAUACACAGUAGUAUAACUGGGAUUAUACUGCUAUGUACGCUGUGAGGCUUUUGGCACCCUCCUGGGGUAGGUGGAUAGAGAGUGUAGUUCUGGGGAGCUCUCUUGACAGAAAUAGGGUUCUCUGGCUACUGACAAUUGUGGAAGAGGGCUGAAGGAAUUAGUACUAAAAAUAUAGGUCCUGAAACUUUAUUUCAUUGCUGCCGGCUGCUAUUCUCUCAAAAAAAGACCUAGAGGAAAAAAAAUAAAAUAAAAUAAAAAUUAAAAAAAAAAAGACCUAGAGGAGAGUGUAGAAAGGGUAGGUAUCUGAGAGAAGAGUGGAGAGGAAUCUGCAACAAGUUGGAACUCUACCAAUGAUUUCAGGAUAUAAAGGUGAAUCCUGCUCUACUUGUUUUACCUUUUAGAUGAGGCACAUUUGAACUAAUAUGAGAAAUAAAAACAUAUUUAAGGCCUAAAUAUUCUAUAGUAUAUAAUGCUUUUAUAUGAAAACUCUGGCUAGAAACAGAACUUCCAUAUGAGAAGUAUAAUCUAAUGAACAAAAUUUUCCACUAAGAGGCUUUAUUAAAAAAAGUCUUAGCAUUUACUUUACAAUGACCUUGAACUAGAAACGUCCUGAUAGGAUCUAAAUAACCCAAUAUUUGUUUUACGGUAAUGUUGAACCCAUAGUUUAUUUUUACAGGCACUGUGCUGAUAAAACCUGUCUCAUGAUUG